AUGUCGUUCACCGAUAAACUUAAAUCCAAACUCGACCGCGCAUCGCGUCGGAUCUCACGGAGCUUGAGUACGGGGUCUCAUGUGAAUCGAUCGGAGCCGGGGUCUAGGGAGGAGUCACCUGUGCCCGAGAUCAGGGUUCAGGAUGUGGAUGCGCCGAAGACGCCUGUGCAGGAGAAAAGUGGACAUUCUUACGAGAUUGGAGAGUACGACGCCAGUCCGUCGCCCAAACCGUUACCCUUGAAGGUACAGAUUCCGGAGUCGCCGAAGACUCCAAAGACUCCAAAGACUCCAAAGACUUCCAAGAAGGUUGCAAGCGAAUCCGCGCCCGUCAGUCCCGUCUCAUCCUCGAAGAAGCGGCAAUCAUUCCGCGAUUUCCUGCACCGAGAUCGGACUCCACCGCCUGUCGUCCCUAAUGAUGAGGAGUACGAAAGACGCGCGUUGGAGGCUGCGCAUUCAGCCCCUGUGUCGCCCACGCUUCUCGCGCAUUCACACGGAGUUGGAAUCACGAGUGGAGUUGCACAUGUGUACGCGGAUCCGGAGACGAUGGUGGAGGAUGGUCAAGGGAGCGAAAAUCACCUCCGCAUAAGGUAG